CACUAUCGCCGUCCUGUAUAAACGGCAGCAGGCGCAGGACACCUUCAGUAAAGCCAAGGCAGCGGCCCCGGCGCACACAGUAGCAGCAGCACCAGGAACUCCGAUUGAACCAGUAUGAAGGCAGCGGUGCUCCUCGUCUUACUGAGUGCCAUAGCGCUCAGCUGCGCGUUCCCUUCACCCAAGGAAAAGGAGGACCGUGGCGGAGUGGACGUGGACGUGCACAGGGAGAAGGGCGUGGGCACGGUGGUGGGGGUGCAGGGCCAGGGCAACGUGUGGAAGAGCGGCGACGGCAGGACCCGCGUGGACGCCGACGGCUCCUGGCAGAGGGUGUACCGCGGGCCGGCGGCCGGCAAGCCAAAGUACUCGGCGGGCGUCCGCCUCUCUCACAGGUGGUAGCCGAGCACGUCCGCUGCGUCGCGUCUGGAUAUUCGCCGCUCACCAGCGUCCGACGCCUCUUCGGAAACUAAAUGCCGAAGCUGCCAGUUGUCGAACCAACAUUUUUCCGUAAUGCCAAAGUUGUUGUGGUCUUCAGUCCUGAGACUGGUUUGAUGCAGCUCUCUAUGCUACUCUAUCCUGUGCAAGCUUCUUCAUCUCCCAGAACCCACUGCAACCCACAUCCUUCUGAAUCAUCUCUUGGUCUCCCUCUACGAUUUUUAUCCUCUAAGCUGCCCUCCAAUACUAAGUUGGUGAUCCCUUGAUGCCUCAGAACAUGUCCUACCAACCGACCCCUUCUUCUGGUCAAGGUGUACUGCCUAUUAUUACGUUACCAAAGUUUUUAGUUUAAUUUAUCGAUUUUUAGUUUAAUAAAAAUCUAAUAAAAAUCUGCUUGGUAUUUCUUUAA